AUGAUCGAAUCCGCCCUGAUCCAAUCCUCGCGAAUGGCCCAAGCCGGCGCCUCAGCCAUCCGCUCUGGCUCCUCCUACUCCAACACGCUCUUUCAAACCUUCUUCAAAACCACCGACCAAGCCACCAAGUCCCACGUCGCCGACAUCCUCGACCAGAUCGCCGAGGAAGCGCAGGCCCGCGGCGCCGGCCGCGUCACAUACUCCUGCAGCCCCGACGGAAUCCCUUGCUCUGACUCGGCGUCCUUCACGGUCACGGCGUACGGCGAGACGGACGGCUACAAUGGCGAUAUCAGGACAUGUCCGGCGUAUUUCAAUAUCCCGAGUUUUUCGAAUAACUGUGAUGCGUUGGAUCAGGCGACGUCGACGACCCAUGAGAUGGCGCAUACAAAGGGCAUCUUUGGGGUUGAGACGUAUGGGUACUAUGCGGUGCAGGGGUUGGAUGAGCAGUCGGCGUUGAUUAAUGCGGAGAGUUAUGCUUUCUUUGCGAAGGCGGCUUUGUUGAAUUGCCAGGUUUAA